ACUCAUAUAAAUGCUCAAGCAUCUUCGCUUCCAUGUCUCAUCCAUAUGCAGUGAAUCAAGCACUUUAAAUUGAAGUUGUUCUACGAGAAACAGACAUGGCUGGCUUGAGCUUCUUCUCAAGUCAAUUAUCUUGCUUAACCUUUUUCUUCUUGUUUUUGGGCUCAGCAUUUUCUCCAGCCGAAGCAGCCAUAAAGAGAUACCAAUUUGAUAUUCAAAUGUCGAACGUGAGUAGACUCUGCCAUGCAAAGCCCAUAGUAACAGUGAAUGGGAGGUUUCCAGGGCCAACUAUUUAUGCCAGAGAAGGAGAUAGAGUGCAAAUCAAUGUCACAAAUCAUGUGCCAUAUAACUUGUCAAUUCACUGGCAUGGACUGAAGCAAUAUCGCAAUGGUUGGGCAGAUGGUCCUGCUUAUAUUACGCAGUGUCCUAUCAAAACUGGAAGUACCUACACAUAUGACUUCAACGUUACAGGACAAAGAGGGACUUUAUGGUGGCACGCACACAUUCUUUGGCUCAGAGCUACUGUGUAUGGUGCCGUUGUGAUCAUGCCUAAGCCUGGAACUCCAUUUCCUUUCGCUCAGCCAGCCAGAGAAUUCGAAAUCCUUUUAGGGGAAUGGUGGAACAAUGACGUGGAGUUGAUUGAAAAGCAAGGAAACAGAAUGGGGUUGCCGCCAAAUAUGUCUGAUGCUCAUACUAUCAAUGGAAAGCCUGGACCACUCUUUCCUUGCUCUCAGAAACAUACAUUUGCUAUGGAGGUCGAGCAGGGAAAGACCUACCUUCUCAGAAUCAUCAAUGCAGCUCUCAACGACGAGCUUUUCUUUGGGAUUGCGGGUCACAACAUGACGGUGGUGGAAGUUGAUGCAGUUUACACAAAGCCAUUCACAACACAAGCAAUUCUGAUAGCUCCUGGACAGACCACAAACGUUUUGGUAAAAGCCAACAAAGUACGAGGUAGAUACUUCAUGUCCACCAGGGCGUUCAUGGACGCUCCAAUCCCAGUAGAUAACAAAACAGCCACAGCUAUUCUUCAAUACAAGGGUGUUCCAAACACUGUCCUUCCUCUUCUUCCACAAUUACCAGCCGGCAAUGACACAGCUUUCGCUCUGAGUUACAACAAGAAACUCCGCAGCUUAAACUCUGCACAGUACCCUGCUAAUGUUCCUUUAAAAGUCGACAGAAGCCUGUUUUACACUAUUGGUUUGGGCAAGAAUUCUUGUCCGACAUGCGUGAAUGGAACCAAGCUACUUGCUUCCUUGAACAACAUAUCCUUUGUGAUGCCCCAGAUUGCGCUUCUUCAAGCUCACUACUUUAAUCUGAAGGGGGUGUUCAGAGCUGAUUUCCCAGAUCGCCCUCCAACCCCUUUCAACUAUACUGGUGCUCCAUUGACUGCCAAUCUCGGCACUUCCACGGGCACCAGGGUUAGCAAGAUUGCCUUCAAUUCUACAGUUGAAUUGGUUCUGCAGGACACGAAUCUGCUUACUGUUGAAUCACACCCAUUCCAUCUCCAUGGAUAUAACUUCUUUGUAGUUGGAACUGGCAUCGGUAACUUCGAUCCAGCAAAAGACCCCGCAAAAUAUAACUUGGUAGAUCCUAUGGAGAGGAACACUGUUGGUGUUCCCACAGGUGGAUGGACUGCAAUUCGUUUCCGUGCUGAUAAUCCAGGUGUUUGGUUCAUGCAUUGUCAUUUAGAGCUGCACACUGGUUGGGGGUUGAAAACAGCUUUCGUGGUAGAAGAUGGACCGGGACAAGAUCAAUCUGUUCUGCCUCCACCCAAGGAUCUUCCUCAGUGUUAGCUUCAAUCGAGUCGUCAAAAUUUGGAUUUGUAUUGGAAAGUAAUUUCGGUGAUUUAAUUGUCAUUUGUCCGCUAAGCUUUCUUGCAAAAGUUGCAAAAAGUUUAGUUGUUUAGAUAACAUGAGAGAGAACAAUGCAAAACCAAAAUCGUAUCAUAAUGUAAUAAAAUUUCAAAAAUGUACUAACUAAAUACAUGUGUUUCUUGUUCUUGUUACUUUAACCUGUAAUUUGUUUAACAUUUUCUUGUAUUCUUUCCCCUGAAAUAAAAUAAAAUAAUAACUUCUUUA